GCCUUCGAUAUUAGCGGGCAGUCACCAUGGCCCAACACAAUCCCCAUCCCUCUCUUGCACUGCUAACAAACCCACCAUUAUCACCAAAACACGUGGCCCCCCACACACUCAUUACUAGCACUACUCUCUAUAACUCUUCUCUCAUUAUACCCAAUUCAAAGUUCAAUUUUUUUAGCACCGAAAUCAUUAGCAGGACUCAAAAGACUCAAACUUUAGCUAUGGCCACAGCCCCAAAUGCUGCCAAGGUGACCCCAGCCGUGAUUGUUGGUGCUGGAAGGGUGGGAAGGGCCUUACAAGAAAUGGGUAGUGGUCAGGAUUUGCUUGUGAAGAGAGGAGAACCGGUGCCGCUUGAUUUUGAGGGUCCCAUUUUGGUUUGUACAAGAAAUGAUGAUCUUGAUGCUGUUCUAGAAGCUACGCCCAAGGCUAGAUGGAGCGAUUUGGUUUUUUUCCAGAAUGGGAUGCUGGAGCCAUGGUUUCAAAGUAAAGGUCUUGGUGAUGCAGACCAAGUGCUGGCAUAUUUUGCUGUAUCAAAGCUUGGAGAACAUCCUACUGAUGGAAAGACUGAUACCAAUCCUGAAGGACUGACUGCAGCAUAUGGAAAAUGGGCAUCUGCAGUAGCUGCUAGAUUGCAUGCUGGAGGGCUGUCCUGUAAGCUUCUUGACAAGGAAGCUUUUCAGAAGCAAAUGUUAGAGAAGCUGAUCUGGAUCUCAGCAUUCAUGCUUGUUGGAGCUCGUCAUCCAGGGGCAACUGUUGGUGUCGUGGAGAAAGAAUUCCGCUAUGAGGUGUCUAGCCUUAUUACAGAACUUGCUUCUGCAGCAGCUGCAGAAAAAGGAAUAGUAUUUGAAGAAGCUAUCGAGGAAAGAUUAUGUGCCUAUGCACGUGCUGUUGCCCACUUCCCGACAGCUGUUAAGGAGGGAUAUAUGAACUUAUUUAGGAGCGAUUUGGAAUCAAAACUUUCAAAAAGAAAAGAAAAAAAAAGGGGGGAAAUGGUUUGGAAAUUGGUGUUUCAAUUGAUGUUGAUGAUGCUAAUGUUUCAAAUAGCAGCAACAGCAGCACCGAUUGCAAGGUCCGGUUGUCCAGAUCGUUGUGGAGACAUCAGCAUUCCAUACCCCUUCGGAAUACGAAAAGAUUGCUACAUGAACGAAUGGUUCGCCAUAGAAUGCAAUGCAACUGUCAACCCUGCUAGAGCUUUUAUAAGUCGAAUCAACAUGGAGUUGCUGAAUAUUUCAGCUGAAAGAGCCACUGUUACUGUCAAAAGUCCAAUAAUAUCCUCGAACUGUACUGGCAGGGAAGAUGGUGUGCCUCUGAAUUUGACUGGAACUCCUUUUGUCUUCUCCAGAAACGAUAAUGUAUUUAUCGCAGUAGGUUGUAAUACUCAAGCUUUAAUGACCGGAAUCACGCCAAAACUCAUCGGUUGUGUGUCUACCUGCAGUGACGUAAAGAGUAAAAAAUUCUGUCAGGCUUCACCCCCAUCAUUCCUUCAGGUUUUCAAUCCAAAAUUAGAAGCUACAGAUGAUAAUCAAGAUAGAGAAGGAUGCAAGCUGGCCUUCUUGGUGAACCAGACAUGGUUCGAAUCGAAUAUCAGCGAUCCAUUCACAUUGCAAUAUAGAGAUUAUGUUCCAGCAGAGCUUGGUUGGACAAUGAGUUGGAAUGAUGAUGAUCCCGUGUAUUGCAGAGGAUAUUACAAUCGAUCUUUUGGAUCCGAAUGCGAGUGUGAUGGGGGCUAUGAGGGCAUCCCUUACCUUGGAUGCAUAGAUGUGGAUGAAUGUAAAGAAUCGAAGCAUUCGUGCCGAGGGUUACUUAAAUGUGUAAAUACACGGGGGUAUUUCAAUUGCGAGAUCAAUAAACUUUAUAUAGCCUUGAUAGUUAUAGGCGCAGUUGUCUUAGCAUUGUCAUUGCUGAUGGGCAUUUGGUGGUUAUAUAAACUUGUAAAGAAAUGGAAAAAGAUUGAGCUCAAAAAGAAAUUCUUCAAACGAAAUGGUGGGCUAUUGUUACAGCAGGAAUUACUUGCUGCUGAAGGUUGGGUUCAAAAAACAAAAAUAUACAGUUCAAAGGAGUUGGAAGUAGCCACUGAUCGUUUUAAUGUGAAUAGAAUACUCGGUCAAGGUGGUCAAGGCACAGUUUAUAAAGGGAUGUUAGCAGAUGGAAGGAUUGUUGCUGUUAAGAAGUCCAUGGUCGUUGAUGAAGGAAAGCUUGAAGAAUUUAUCAAUGAGGUCGUCGUUCUUUCACAAAUUAACCAUAGGAAUGUGGUUAAGUUGCUCGGUUGUUGCUUGGAGACUGAAGUUCCGUUGCUAGUCUAUGAGUUCAUUCCCAAUGGAAAUCUUUACAAGUAUAUCCAUGAUCAAAACGAAGAUUUCUUGUUAUCUUGGGAGAUGCGAUUACAGAUUGCCAUUGAAGUUGCUGGAGCACUUUCCUAUCUACACUCGGCGACAUCCAUUCCAAUUUAUCACCGUGACAUCAAGUCUACAAAUAUACUGCUAGAUGAGAAAUAUAGAGCAAAAGUAUCUGAUUUUGGAUCUUCAAGAUCUAUAUCCAUCGAUCAAACUCAUUUGACCACUCUCGUGCAAGGUACUUUUGGCUACUUAGAUCCCGAGUACUUCCAGUCUAGUCAAUUUACAGAAAAAAGUGAUGUUUAUAGCUUUGGAGUGGUUCUGGUUGAGCUCAUAAGUGGACAAAAACCGAUAUUUUCUGUAAGUCAGACAGAGACUAGAAGUUUAGCCACGCAUUUUAUUAUGUUGAUGGAAGACAAUAGACUGUGUGAUGUUCUUGAUGCUAGAGUUAAGGAGGGCUGUCAGAAUGAAGAAGUUAUCUCUGUUGCUAAUCUUGCGAAAAGAUGCUUGAAUUUGAAUGGGAAAAAUCGACCUACAAUGCGAGAAGUCACAUCAGAGUUGGAGAGGAUAAUUGGAUUGUCUCAAAAAUUGCUAAAUAUUCAAGAGAACUGUAAAAUAUCAGAAAACACCAUGGAUGAUGCAAGCAAUGAUUGGGAUGCAGUUUCGACAUCAAUCACCGGUGAUUUUGAUACUGGCAGGACUCCAUCAUCCGAUGGUGAACCACAGAUAAAUAUUACAGCGUGCUGAUUUUACAAGACAUAUCAAUCGCUGAAAA